CUAGCAAUUUGGCCGCAGUGCAGCAAAAAGCCGCAGUGCAACUCAUUCAAGCAACUGAAAAAAGCCAGCACCAUCGCAGCAAUCGCAGCAAUCGCAGCGCUUGCGUCCAGACCAGCUUGCUCCAUCUCUAAAGGCCUAGGCACAUCGGAGAGCAACAGCAGCGCUUUUAGGCAUUAGCAGCAGACCACAGCGACCCUGGCGCCGCUCUUUUUCUCCCUCUUCGGGCGCGGCGACCGGGACAAGAGCCGCGACCCCACGGACGACUGCUUCGAGUGCCGCGUGAUCGGCACGACGACCUGCGUCGGCGUCGCGGCCUACUGCCUGCACGCGGCCAAAACGACGCCGGCGCAGCGCCUCUGGCUGACCUGCUUCGGCGGCGCGUGGGCGGUGCUCGGCGCCAUCCGCGCGGUGGUCUGACGAUGCGACUCUUCGUGCUGCUCCUCGCGGCGAAGGCGUCGGGGCUGGCCGUGCGCCUCAACAAGCUGCUGCCCGGCCUGUCGCGGCGCAAGGCCGACGCGGCCAUCGCCGACGGCCGCGUCACGGUCGACGGCGUGGUCGCGGACGGCCGGACGCCCGUGGAGCGCGGCAGCGAGGUCCGCCUGGACGGCGAGACCCAGGUCUGGGAGGCGCGCGAGGCGGCGAAGGCGGACCUGAAGUCGAGCGACGCGUUCUUGUACCUCAAGUACUGGAAGCCGGCGGGCGUGACCUGCACGUCCGACCGCAACGACGCGUCGAACGUCAUCGCCCGGGGCGGCUUCGACGACCUCGACCAGCGCGUCUUCACGGUCGGCCGCCUGGACAAGCCGUCGACGGGGCUCCUCCUGUUGACGAGCGACGGGCGCGCGUGCGAGGCGCUGUUGCGGCCGUCGCAGAAGAAGGAGAAGCGCUACGUGGUGGAAGUGGACCGCGCGCCGACGGCGGACGACCUCCGGGCGCUGCGCGAGGGCGUGACGAUCGAGACCGUGGCGCAGCGCGACCGCAAGGCCAAGCCCCUCGUCGCCAGGACCAAGCCUUGCGAGGUGCGCGCGCCGAACGCGAAGGCGCCGCGGCUCCUCGAGUUCACGCUCACGGAAGGCCGGAACCGGCAGAUCCGCAAGAUGUGCGCCGCGCGCGGUUUGGAGGUCGUCUCGCUGCACCGGACGCACUUCGCCGGCGUGACGCUCGACGGGCUCGUCGCGGGCGGCUGGGCGCCCCUGUCUGCGAAGGAGCGGAGGCGUAUCGACGCCGCGCUCGCGGACCGAUAAUGUUUCUUGUAUUAAUUCUCUCUACGGGGCGUCGUUGGCCUAUGGACUCUCGUAGACGAGUCGCGUCGACGGCGUGGCCCAUCACGCCAUCGCCGCGGCGCGAGUGACUCGCGUACCGCUUCAGGACGCCAUCGCCGCGUCAGCAUUCUACAACGACAGCGAAACAACAAGGAGACGCUGUUUCAUAUGUUGCUUGUGUUAAUUCUCCUAUAUUCGACAGCGAAACGAGACCGUGGAAGCCCGUAGGUAGCUUGUCGUGCAUUUCCGCAGGC